AUGGAAGAUAUUUGUAUAAUUUGUUUAUAAAAUACUUAAAACUUUGUUAUUGGGAAAAGCUGUUAAUGUAAAUAUUGUUAUAACUGUGUAUUUGAUUGGUUUGAAUAAAAUCCAGAAAAACUAUUGAAAUAAAGCUUUAAUUGUUUAAAUUAUCUAUGCAAAGAACCUAAUUCAAUCCAAGAGUUUCUAAAUUCAAUUAAUGAACAAAAGAUAUUGGAUAGAUAUAAUGAUAUUACAUUUAAAAAUUAUUUGAAGAGUUGUUAAGAUAUCCGAGCUUGUCCAAAUAAAACUUGCAAAUCUUAUGGAUUUUUACCAUCCAGCAGAUGUUAAGAAUUUUUAGAAUGUGAAAUAUGCAAUUACAAAUGGUAUGAUAAGAAAUGUUUAUCAAUAAAUAAGAUUUGUAUGUUAUUUUUGAAGAACUUGAAGAAUGACUUUUUAUGUUUUUUUUCAGAGUUUUAUUAUACUCAUUAAUGUCCUAAUUGUGAUACAUAAAUUAUGAAGAAUGGAGGAUGCAAUCAUAUGACUUGUAAAUCAUGUAAUCAUGAGUAUUGCUAUAUUUGCAGAGAUAAACACAAUGGUCAUGAUUCUAAGUUAUGUUCUUUAAAAGAUAAUUCCUUUUGUAUAGUGAUUGGUUAUGUAAUCAUUUAAUUGUUAUUUACUCUUGGAAUUCACACAUUAUUAAUUUAUAUUGCGAAACAAUUAUUUUAGCUAGUUUGCAUAAUUUUCAUUUUUGCUUAUGAUUUAAAUGGAAAAUUAAUUACUAUUUGUACAAUGAGUACAUUAUUAGAUAUGAAAUAUCAUUAUGAUAUUCAUAGAAAAGAGAGUGUUAAAUUAUAUCGUACUUAAACAGAAAAGAAAAUUAAUUGGAAAAUUUUUAUAGAAUUAAUAGCCCUUUUAGUUUUAGAUUUAAUUGUAAUAUUAACAACAAUAUAUGAAGAUAAUAUAAAUAAAAUAGAUUCAAUUGCUAUUUAUGUCAUAUAUCCAGUUGAAUUCCUAUUAAUGCUAUUUAUAUGUUUUUGGUAUAAGUGA